UUUUGGGUGAGUUGAAGGAAGUUGAAGCUGUUACACCACUCUUUUCUAAAAGGCAGUGGCGACAGCGGGUAGUGCAUUUGUAGGUGGCGCAGCCGGCUUCACAAGCGAAAUACUUCUUUCCGGUUCCUGAGUAGACAGAGUCCCGCAUCAUGAAGGCUAAGGGGCUGUUAAGGGAGUACGAGGUUGUGGGUCGCAAGAUCCCUACCGAUGAGGAACAGACCCCCCUCUACCGGAUGCGUAUUUUCGCACCUGAUGCUAUCGUAGCCAAAUCCCGUUUCUGGUACUUCUUGCGUCAACUAAGGAAGUUCAAGAAGACCACUGGUGAAAUUGUAUCUAUUAAGCUGAUUCCUGAGAAGAGCCCUACCAAGAUCAAGAACUUCGGUGUGUGGCUUAGAUACAACUCUAGGUCUGGAACCCACAACAUGUACAGGGAAUACAGGAGUCUGGCUGUGUCGCAAGCCAUCACUGCCUGUUACCGUGAUAUGGGAGCCAGGCACAGGGCUCGUGCUCAUGCUAUCCAGGUUAUCAAGUGUGAGGAAGUUAAGGCUGCCAACUGCAGAAGGCCACUGGUGAAGCAAUUCCACGACUCCAAAAUCAAGUUCCCUCUUCCCAAGCGAAUCCAGGGCCGCAGCUUGGCUCCCAGGUUUGCUUACAGGAAGCCAAACACCUACUUUAUGUAAUUGUUCGGGGAGAAAUAAACAGUUUCUUCUUACA